AAACUCGAGUCUUUCAAUAAAAUACCGGAUUACCCAAAUUACCUCGUAUACAUUCUCACCCAAAUGCCACAGGAAGAAGCGUCUACCCGCGCUAUCGCAGGCCUUCUUCUGAAAAAUACAAUUCGGGUAUAUUUCUCAACAAUUCCACGCGAGGUGCUUACAUAUGUGAAGACGUUGUCGAUUAAAGGGUUGGGUGAUCAGGAUAUGAUGGUACGAAGUAUUAUUGGAAAUGUGAUCACUACCAUUGUAACGAGAGGAGGGCUGGUGGAUUGGCCUCAGAUUUUGCCAAGUUUAAUGGAGCUGUUAAACUCAUCUGAUUAUAAUGUUGUGGAGGGUUCUUUCGGUGCGCUGCAAAAAAUUUGCGAGGAUUCAGCUCGCGAACUCGAUCAAGAUACCAAUGGGACACGACCCCUUAGCUACAUGAUCCCUAAAAUAAUUCCGUUUUUCGACUCACCACAUGUUAAGAUUCGUGUAUACGCUGUCUCAUGCGUGAAUCAAUUUAUUUUAAUGAGAUCAAAUUCGCUUUAUAAUCACAUUGACGAAUUCGUGGCGGCCCUUUUCAAGAGGGCUACUGAUGAGAAUCCAGAAGUCCGUAAGAAUGUCUGCCAGGCUCUGGUAAUGUUGCUUGAAGUUCGUCCUGACAAGCUUAUGCCCGAAAUUGGUAACGUUGUGGAAUACAUGCUAUACUCUACGCAAGACCAAGACGAACAAGUAGCGCUUGAGGCGUGCGAGUUUUGGCUGGCAUUUGCAGAGCAAGAGGAGCUCAGGGAUCAUUUGCGCCCCUUCCUUCCUAGAAUUGUACCUGUAUUGCUAAAGGGUAUGGUUUACAGCGAAAUGGAUAUCAUGACCCUUGGUGGUGACGAAGAUGAUUCCAACGUUCCGGAUAAUGAGGCAGACAUUAAACCCCGCUUUCAUCGAGCAAAGACCCACACAUUUGAACGAACUGAGUCCAACGGUGGCGAAUCCUCUGCACCCUGUUCUGCCGCUGCUUUGGACGUACUUGCUACCGUUUUUGGAAAUGAACUGUUGGAAAUCUUAUUACCCUUCCUGAGAGAACAACUAUUUCACCAAGAGUGGAAACACCGUGAAUGCGGUAUUUUGGCUCUUGGAGCUGUUUCAGAAGGAUGCAUGGAAGGGGUGGAACCUCACUUGCAAAACUUGAUUCCCUAUCUUAUUCAAACGCUUAACGACAGCAAGCCGCUCGUUCGUUCAAUCACAUGUUGGACACUGGGUCGCUAUUCGCGUUGGUGUGUAAACCCCCCAAAUCCGCUUCAAGACCGAUCCAAAUAUUUUGAGCCUUUACUCGAAGGGCUCUUGCGUAAGGUUCUUGAUAAUAAUAAGCGCGUCCAAGAAGCAGCUUGCAGCGCGUUUGCUACUUUGGAAGAAGAGGCCUGUGAAUUGCUUGUCCCUUAUUUAGAUCCGAUUCUUCGGAAUCUUGUUUUUGCAUUUUCAAAGUAUCAACACAAGAAUUUGCUCAUUCUUUACGACGCAAUUGGUACCCUGGCCGAUUCUGUCGGUUCGGCUCUCAACAAAAAGGAAUACAUUGACAUUCUCAUGCCACCACUUAUUGAAAAAUGGCAUUUGCUUAAAGAUGACGACAGAGAUCUAUUUCCCUUACUGGAGUGUCUAUCCUCAGUUACAACCGCUCUUGGAUUAGGUUUCCAACCAUUUGCUCAGCCAGUUUUUGAACGUUGUGUUAAGCUAAUCCACAAUACCCUGGUGCAAUAUCAAAUGCAUCAACAGAAUCCUUCAGUAGAAGUUCCAGACAAGGAUUUUAUGAUUGUCGCAUUGGAUUUGUUGAGCGGACUGACACAAGGAUUGGGCAGUCAUAUUGAUCCUUUUGUAGAGCACAGUAAUCCUCCCUUACUGUCCUUGCUGAACGUCUGCUUAACUGAUCUUGUUGCUGAGGUUCGACAGUCUGCCUACGCUCUAUUAGGUGAUCUUUCCAUUGCAUGUUUCCCUCGUAUCAAACCUUUCCUCAAUCAAUUUAUGGUUGACUUGAUUAGCCAAGUUGAUCCCGCCGCUGAACAUGUUAGCGUUUGUAAUAAUGCUGCAUGGGCAGCUGGUGAAAUCGCUUUGCAAUGCGGUGCAGAAAUGCAACCAUGGAUUCCUCCUUUGUUAGAGAGAUUAAUACCUCUUCUGACCAAUGAAUCCACACCUCGAACACUAUUGGAGAAUGCUGGAAUCACAAUCGGCAGAUUAGGUCUUGUGUGUCCUCAAUUAGUUGCCCCACAUUUGGAUACAUUCUCGGAAGCUUGGUAA